AUGUCAACUCCCCUGGGACUUGCCGUGAUCGGCACAAACUGGAUAAGCAACUCGUUUGUGCAAUCCAGCCACGAAAGCACAAAGUUCCACUUGAAGGCUGUUUACUCGCGCAGCAUCGAUUCAGCUACGAAGUUCAUCUCACGGACGCCCUCUAUCAAGGAUGUUUCAUCCGUCAGAGCAUAUGAUAGUCUGGAUAAUAUGCUCACUGACUCCGAGGUUGACGUUGUGUACAUUGCAUCACCGAACUCGUUCCACUAUGAGCAUGGCAUCAAGAGUCUAACAGCCGGCAAGCACAUCAUUGUAGAGAAGCCCUUUGUUUCCAAUGCCGAUGAAGUCAGGGGUCUGUACAAGCUUGCUGAUACGAACGGACUAUGCGUUAUUGAGGCCUGGCGUCACAUCCAAGAGCCUAACUUUCUGAAGCUGCAGAGUCUUCUUGACGAUGAAAAAGCAAGGGAGGACAAGUUCGGGCGGAUCUAUGGCGCCAAUAUUUCAUUAGCCGUGUACAACCCAGAGUACGCCAAAGCGCCGGAGGAUGGCAAAGAGGCCAAUAUCGUCCUGCCCAAGUUCAGCGGUGGGUGCUUAUGGGAUGUGGGCUGCUAUUCUGUUGCUUUUAUCUUUGCUCUCUUUGGGACACCGGCGAGUCAAACUUAUUUGCCCAUUACCAUUCGCACGGGAGUCGAUGGCGGAGGCAACAUGAUCUUCAAGUAUACCACAGAACGCUCCAAGCACAAACAGAAGUUUGUCGUGCACGCACAGUCUAGUAAACUCUACGUGUCACAUACACCUACAGAGAUCUACUGUGAGAAGGGCACCAUUCGGAUCAAUGGUGUAUCUAGCAUCACGGACAUUAACACGAUUGAAUUCAUUCCACAUGGUCAAACCACAGGUGAGGAAUUUGCAAACACAAAGCCAGAGUACAGCGGUUUACUCAACUUGACCUGGGAGGCGAGGGAAUUUGGACGAAUUAUUCAAGAGGGAGACAAAAAGGCCGAAGCCCGCCUAAGAGACUUGAGUCUUGAUAUUCUAAUUGCUAUGGAAGACAUGCGCAAGAACAAUGGUAUUUUCUUCGACUCCGACAAGUAG